UACAUACGAGGGGUGUCCCAGAAUUACGUGGACUUUCGCUAUAACUUUUUUAUUUUUUAAUGCAUUUUUUAGCAAAUUUGUACACAAUACCUUUAACAUAUCCUUAAUGAAUAUGUCCAUUAUUUUUAAAUUUCUAACAUUGCUUCUCUAUAUUUUACGUCGCUAUAGUAACGCAGUAUGCGCAGGGCGGGGCAGUCCAAUAUUUUGUAUUAAUAAGUUGUCUUUACUUUCGUAUAUCUUGCGUAUUUAUACGUAAAAAAUGGCGCGACGUCGUAAGCAUAUGCAGUGACGUCAUAUGAACGUUCGUUUGAAAUUUUGACGUCAUAGCUGUUUCCGUUAUUGUUUACCAGCGGACAACUGACAACCGUUGCUCUUGGAUAUUUAACAAAAAAUGACGUCCACGGAUUACGCGGAACAUCGGACUAUCAUCAAGUUUUGUGUUAAUCUUGGGAAGACGCCAACACAGACGCAGGAAAUGUUGGAGACUGCAAAAGUGAGACCUCCUGUUUGUCGAUCACUCGUUUUCAAGUGGCAUAAGCGUUUUCGAGACGGCCGAGAGGACAUUGAAGACGACAAGGGUCGUGGGAGAAAGUCAACGUUGACUGCGGCGUCAAUUAAGGAAGUCAAGGACGUCAUAGAUCGGGACAGGCGUUACACCAAGGUCAAUGCUGAGUACUAUUCAAGGGGCGGUGUACGACCAGUGGAUAUAUCGACACCAUAGGUGUAUUGAGUUAGGCGGCGACUAUGUUGAGAAAAACUGACAUUCGACGCCACGCAUUUAUUAACAACUAGCGACGCCACCGGAAUGACGUCGUAACGUCGGAAUGGACUGCCCCGCACCCGCUACCCCUUGUCUCAUUACCCUGCCCACAGACACUGAUCCAGUUGCCGGAAAACUUUGAAAUUUUUUGUACUAAUGCAAUAAAGUUGCAUUUUGUUCAUGUUAAUUUUGUUUGUUUUUAAUUUCAGUAGUUUUUGAGUUACAG